AUGCAUGCAUAGUUGCAUACACACACACAUUAAUAAAAAAAAUCUCUCUUGUCGGAUUUUAGCUACAUAUUAAUAAACGACAAAUUUCUCAAAUCUCUUUAGAUUGAUUGCUUCUCUCCCUGGCUCAGAUUUUUUUGUCGAUCAAACUUGAUUUCUUCAAAAUUGUUUUGGUUUCUAUUGGUUCGAUUAUGAUGGAAGGCUCUUCAAUUCAACCGCCCAGAAAUUUUGUUCUCGCUAAAGAUUCUUCUACUGGUUCUUCUUCUUCUUCUUCUUCUUCUCAGGUUAAAGAACAAUCUGUUGAAGAUGUAUCCAGAUCUCAGCCAAGUGGAAGCCAAUUGGAUGUUUCUAUCCAAAUACCACCAAAACCGACGCCUAGUUUAGGAAUUUUGAGAAAUCUGAGUCUGAAAAGGAAAGCUUCUCUACCAAACUAUGAGAGAAGAUUGCUACUAAGUCCUAGUGUUUCAGAAACCAGUGAAAAGCCUCUUGUUGCAAGUCCGAUCACAUCGCCUUACUGGAAAAGGUGUUUGUCACUUCCUUCUAGUAAUUCUGCUAAACUGUCUCUGGUUGUAUCUACAACGCCUGUUUCCGCUGUGGUGCAUAGUGAACAGCCUAAGUCUAAUAAAGAUGGUCUUCAUGCAUCUGUUUCAAGAUCCUUGUCCAUGAACAGAGUGAUUGUACGAGCUGUCUCUUUUGACGACAACAAAAAUCACAUUUCAAAUGAAGCAAAUGGCGAUCAAAUCACUCCAGUUCCUGCAGAAGAAACAGAAGAAGAAAUUCCUGAAGAAGAAGCAGUAUGCAGGAUUUGUCUUGAUGUGUGCGAAGAAGGUAACACACUGAAAAUGGAAUGCAGUUGCAAAGGUGACCUCAGACUUGUUCACGAGCAUUGUGCCAUUAAGUGGUUUAGUACAAAAGGAACACGAAUCUGCGAUGUAUGCAGACAAGAAGUCCGGAACUUACCAGUGAUACUCCUCCGUGUCCCAACAAUUAAUCAACUUACCAAUAGACGGGAACUCACUCAGCAGAGUUCAGAGCCACAAAGCAUCAGUGUUGGGCAAGAGUUUGUAGUGCUUGUACUCAUCAGCACCGUCUGCUACUUCUUCUUCCUUGAACAUUUACUGGUAAUGCUUCCUUUUUCUUACCCCGAGUAUUCAAAAACACAUACAUUCCGGUAUUUCAUAACAAAUAUCCCAUCUUUCAUUACAAAGAUCUUACCUUUCAUUGCGAAGACAACAUAACAGGGAAUCUUAUCUAUUCUGUAGAUUCGUGACUUGAAUUCACAGGCAAUAUUUGUUGCAGCGCCAUUUUCAUUCACCCUUGCACUCUUAGCCUCAACUUUUGCCGUCAUCCUCGCGAUCAGAGAAUACAUAUGGACAUACGCAGCUCUUGAGUUUGCACUAGUGGCAUUGCUUGUUCAUCUAUUAUAUGCUACACUUCGUGUGCCGGUUAUCUAUGCAAUGCUUUUUGCAGGGAUACUGGGUUUCGGGAUGGCAAUGUGCUUAAACUUGUUGUGCAUUUGUUAUUCCUCUCGGCCUGUGCGGUUUCCGCGGAAUACAAACUUAGUAUAAAGAUAGUCUCUUCUGUUCUUAAAGUUCGGAUUUGAAAGGGUAAAUUGCUGCAUAGAUAGAUGGGUUCUCUUACAACAUUGAGACCUGUAGAUAUACAAGUUCUUUGUAGUUUGUACUUUUGUAUGAAAAUAACUUUUGUGGAAUUACAGUGAGAAUGUGUGAUUUGUGUACAUCAAGUGAAAGAGCUGUUGUGAAUGAGAUUCUAGGUUCAAGAAUGUUUUGAAAAUUUUAAAUUUUUUGGCUCC